AUAAAAUAAGCCCUCCAUUCUCUUCGCAUUUCCACAACGCUAACACCAAUUCUCUCUCUCUCUCUCGAUCGAAUUGGAAUUGGAUUUUCACUUUGCUCUGUAAGAAGACGAGUAUGGGACCUGGAUUGUUCUCUGAUAUCGGCAAGAAGGCCAAAGAUCUGCUGACGAAGGACUAUAUCUCCGAUCAGAAAUUGUCCAUCUCUACCUACAGUGACACAGGAGUGGCCCUUACAUCAACCGCAGUGAAGAAAGGAGGGCUUUCAACUGGAGAUGUAGGAGCGCUGUACAAAUACAAGAACACUUUGAUUGAUGUCAAAGUUGAUACAGGAUCAAAUAUUUUAACAACUCUUACUUUGACUGACAUCGUCCCAUCCACAAAAACCAUUGCCUCUCUGAAAUUCCCUGACUACAGUUCUGGCAGGCUAGAGACUCAGUACUUUCACCAUCAUGCAACCUUCACCACUGCUGUUGCUCUGAAACAAUCCCCUGCAGUAGAUCUUUCAAUCACACUUGGUACUCCAACUUUUGCUCUUGGUGCAGAGGCAAGUUAUGAGACUGCAACAAGUAAACUAACAAAGUAUACUGCUGGCAUUAGCGUGACAAAACCAGAUUCCUGUGCUGCUAUAAUCUUAGGAGACAAAGGGGACACCAUAAAGGCAUCGUACAUACAUCAUAUGGAUUCACUGAAGACGACAGCUGCUACGGGUGAAAUAACUAGACGAUUCUCCACAAAUGAGAACACAUUUACAGUUGGAGGGUCCUAUGCUGUGGAUAGCCUGACAAUUGUGAAACUCAAGCUCAACAAUCAUGGAAAUUUGGGGGCUGUGUUGCAGCAUGAGGUGAUUCCAAAGUCAUUGUUGACCAUUUCUAGUGAAUUCGACACCAAAGCCUUGGAUAAGACUCCCAAGUUUGGUGUGGCACUAGCUCUUAAGCCUUGAUAGGACUGCAGCCUGCCAUUCGUGAACUCACACAAAGGAAAUUCUUUGACAUGUGAAAGGAGGCGCUCAAUAAGUAAGUUCAUAGACACUUUUUUUUUUUUUUCAGGAAUGGAUCUGUUCCUAUAGGUGGUUCCCAAAAUAGACCAGCUUGUGGCAUUUCACAAUUUUCUAUUUGUCUUUACCCU